AGCGCUAUAUUAAGUAGAUAUAACCCUAUAAGAGAGGAAGUAGUAAGAACUAAGAAGAAGAAAGAAGAUGGAAUAGGAAGAGAAGAGAACAGAAGAGGAGAACAGAACGAUUAUUCAUAAAUGGCCACGUUGCUUCGGGAACCAAUCAAAUCGCGUUUUCUCUUCUAUCUCCACCGAUCUCCGCCGCUCUCUCCUGCUGUUUCCACCACCACACAGCACUCUUCCUUCUCUUCUUCUUCUUCAGGUAAAUCUCCAAAGGCUGGGAAGAAGCUGGUGGAUCGUCUCUCCACCGUCAUCGACGCCGUACACGACCGUAAACUUCCUCCGGAGCUACGUGGCCAGCGCAACAACGUCAGGUCUGAAACUGACAUCAUCAAUGUGGUUGAGCAAAGGAUAUGGCAUUCCAUGGAAGAAGGCCAUUUUGAGAACUUGCCUGGGAAGGGGAAGCCGCUUAAGCUUGACACAAACCCUCAUGCUGAUCCAGCUGAAGACACUCUAUACAGGAUUUUGUCCAAAAAUGGUUGUGCACCAGAGUGGGUUGAGCUUAACAAAGAGAUAAGAUCUAAGGUGUCCGAAUUUAGGACAGCCUUGAAGAAAGCUUGGGCAAGUAAAUGCAGUGGAGAUCACUCUAAGUGGUAUGAAUGUUCAGUGGCUCUGAAAUUGCAGCUAAGAGACAUUAACAACAUGGUUUUCCGGUAUAAUCUCAUUGUGCCUUUUGGUAGGCAAAUGUUUGGUCUCAAGUGGGAGAAAGAGUUAGGUUAUUUACAAGAACAAGACUGAGAUUCGGUGUUGCUAUUUGCUACUACUAGUAUUUAUCUUUGGAGCCAGUUGGUUACCGUUGUAGAGGUUCUUCAACCAAGGGAAAUGGAAGAAGAUCAAGAUAUAUACAACGAAAAUGUAGUAAUCAAGCAAGUUGUUAUAAAAAAUUUACUUUAAUUUAUGCCUUGUAAGCAUAGGAUAUGAACUUUAGUAAUCCCUUAUGUGAACAGGGUUUUCUAA